AUGGAUGGUGAGAGAAUAGUAAAUCUCUCAGGUCAAGGGAGUGUGUACAUCAGAUGUCUGGAACCCUUUGAGGAGGAAGAUAGGGAUGAAGAUGAUGAACAGCUUACGAUACCAUCCUUUAGUCAAUAAGCUGGUGACCUCUCAGAGACCCCUGAUAAUGCAAGUUCCUCAUCAUUACAGCAUCAAAACAGUGAAGCUGAAUCCACAGACCAAGGGGAACUACUUAUCUUUAGAGAUCCAAUGCCCUUCUUGUCAGAAAUGGAGAACAAUCAGUCCGUUAACAAUUAUGAAGCUGUAGUUAAUGUUAAUGGAACAUCUCCACCAACUUCACCUUCAAAUAAUGGUGAAGUGUCAUGA